CACACUGGGGAGUGCGAGCGUGGUGCUCGAGUGUGUGAGCGCGAGCCAGGCGCGACAGUGCGCUGCUUUUGCUGUCGGUCACGCGUACCAUAUCGUUCCGAUUAAUUUUUGCGAUCAAAAUGCGGUGUUGUCGUCUAAGUGAGUGAGAGGUUGCCGCGUACCUGGCUACAAGACAUCACGCCAUGUGGAGCGUAGGGUACGUAAGGCCUUGACCAUUGCAGACAUGGGCACGGUGGUUCUUGAAGAGUACGAGCUGCUUGGUGAUGCCAAGUACCGUUCCUAUGUCACUGCCAUUGACAAAGCUCUCAAGAGCUUUGAUAACACCAGUGAAUGGGCUGACCUCAUUUCGGCCCUUGGGAAGCUCAAUAAGGUAGUGUCCAGCCACCUCAAGUACCAAGUGGUGCCUCGACGGCUGACCGUCAGCAAGCGACUAGCACAAUGCAUGCACCCAGCGCUGCCCAGUGGUGUCCACCUCAAGGCCCUCGAGUCGUACGACCUGAUCCUGAGGGCAGUGGGGCCUCAGAGGCUCGGCCAAGAGCUCUUUCUGUACGGAGCUGGCCUGUUCCCGCUGCUGGCGCAUGCUGCCAUGAAUGUGCGGCCCGCACUGCUCAGUCUCUAUGAGACUCACUUCCUGCCCCUGGGCGAGCGACUGCGGCCUGGACUCAACGGGUUCCUCAUUGGUGUCCUGCCAGGCCUUGAAGAGGGUUCGGACUACUACGAAAGAACUGACAAGCUGCUUCUUGACGUGUGUGUAGCCGUCGAAAAGAGCUACUUCUAUGGCAGCCUGUGGAAAUGUAUCCUGUGUAACCCAGGCAUCCGUCAGGCAGCCAUCAACUUCAUUGUCUCCCAUUACAACCGGAGACUUAGCAUGGAGGACCAGCUAUAUGUCAUUGGCACUGACAUUGACUGCAUGAUCCAGGCGCUGUGUGCUUCACUUCAGGACUCGAGCAUCCUGGUGCAGAGGAGCACAUUGGAGCUCUUGCUUCUGGGCUUCCCCUUGCACAACUGUCAGUUGGUCCAUGCUGACAGGGUCCGCGUUUGCACGGCAGCUCUGGGUGUCCUGCUUCGGAGGGACAUGUCUCUGAAUCGACGGCUGUUUGCCUGGCUGUUUGGAAGUGAUGGUUCGUCAACUGUCAGCGUUGUGCCAUCGCCCGAGUCUGCAGGAUCGUCUGAGCCGUCGUCCUCUCCUGUGCCCGACUCUCCAGAACCUGCACAGGCAACCUACUUCCACAUGCAUUCAAGUUCCCUCCUCUUGGAAGCCAUUAAGUGCUUGUUCAGUCCUUCAACGUCCAGGUCACCUGUGCUCAGCAGCAACUUUUCAGUCUUUUGGCCGUACAGGAUUCUUGUCUCUCUCAUGGACAAGCCCGAGACAAAUUUCAUACUCGAUGACAUUCUCAUUGACGUGUUCAGGUCCCUGUACAUUGAAUGCAACCUGGGGACAGUGACCAAGUCCAAUCAGGAAAAACAGGCCAACCGGAGCAACUUUGAGCUGAUCAAGACGGCCAAUCUGCUGUUCAGCUCCCUGGAGCCGAACUAUCUCUGGGAGUACGUGCACAAAUGCUUCCAGUGCGCUUGCGAGCGUGCAUCGUCAUCUGCCGGACAGGUGCCUCCCGUGGCAAAGUGCAGUGAGGGAAGCAGGGUGGUCCAUGUUGGAGCCGGACAGCCAUCACUACUUGAAGUGUGUGUCCUGUCAGAGUUUCUGCUGGAAGUCAUCUCAUUGGACACAUAUGUAGAAACCGAGAACCUCCCAACACUCCUGCAGAAGGUCGCGAAAGAUCUAGAGCAGUACUGCAGCUCGCUCUCACCCGAGGAGCUUAAUGGCGCUCUGCUUCUUUGCUCGAGACUUCUUUCCAAGGUGCAGCCGACGACAAUGCAACCCAACACUUCAUGCACGGAGCCAGCCUGCUCUCUCGCCGACUCACACGUUACCAGUCGUCAGAUGACGUCAUUGGAAAAGCAGUCAGCAUCCUGUGAAGAGGAGCUGUCACUAGCAAAUCUCAUUUCCAGCUGUACAUCGUCCUUUCAGCAUCUGUUUCUCCGCUUCGUUGAGCUUUGGGUGCUCGCUGAUGCCGAUGCAGUUCAGCGCCAGUUUGCCACUGCACUCGUCUCUAAGAGACCAAAGAAAGAUGACAGGGAGAAAGAAUUGCAUGGGCUGCUGCAACAAUGUUUGCUCCAGGAGGAAGGCGGCGACCCGUACCAAAGCAUCGAGCUGCCACAGGUGCCUCCCCGGCCACUGGAGAACACAGAGGUUCCACAGAUCAAGCUAGAUGUGCAGCCUGGUUUUUGCAAACUGAAGGAAACAUACGCUACCCUUUGCCAGUUACUUGUUGAGCUGUCCUCAUUCCCAGCAUCUCUGAGUACGCUCAAGGCCAUCUUCUUCGACGACGACUCUCCACAUAGCCCAGAUGAAGAGUUCCUCCCGGUCUGGCUGCGGCAGUUGCUGAUGCUGUCCUGCUUUGUGGAAGACCGUGACCUUCUGUUGCAAACGCUCGCCACAGUGCUCGAUUUGCUGGGCCUUGCCAGAACAGCAGCCGUGGCCCUGGAGCCGCCUUUGCGUGAUGGAAGCCGCAUGCUUUCUCCAGGCAGCCAGGCCACUCUAGCGAUGGUGGUUGUGCCGAUGGUGCGGCCGGGGGACUUGCGUGCGAUUCUGGAACGGACACGCUUUGUGGGCCUGGCAGCGGGCCGCCUCUGGGGCCUGCUGGAGCCAGGUGCCAGUGACCUGCACCUUCAAGCCGUGGAACUGCUGCAACACCUGAACAACCUGACACCCGAGCAGGACGGUUCCUGUGAAGAUGUCCUGUGCAGGGCACUGGCCAGUGAGAAUGACCAGGAGCAGACAGAUGCCCAGAAGAGGUUCGCCAUCCUCUGGCAUCUGAGCAGAGACCUCAAGUUUAAGUCUACUCCAUCAAACCUUGUUCGUCCAUUUGACAGGUGCCUGUUCCAGAUGCUGCACAGCCUUAGUAGGCCUUCUGGGAUGCAGAGGGCAGCAGCCCAGGUCUGGCUGAAUCACUCACUCAUGCGGGGUGACCUGGCUCGGCUGUUGGAGCCUGCCAUGAUGGUGCUUCUGCACCCAGACACUGCUCGCAUCUCGGUGCAGCACGUGAGUGUGCGGGCCGGAGCUGCUGCCACGCCCGCAGCGGUGACCGCAGAUGCCACCCCGGUCACCGCCCAUGACGACACCAAUUCGGAGGGUCGAAUAUUUGCCAUCAGCAGCGUUGGUGGAAAUGUCAUUUACCACGUGGACAAGUCCAAGGCAACCAAUCUCACGGCCGGCAACACUAGCAUUCUCACACCCUUGAACCCCGAGAGGAAAGUGCUGGCACUGACCUCCAUUGUUGGAUCUGAGAAGGGAAACGGUUCAAAGGUUGUGACUCGCAGCUCAAAUCUAGACAUGGAAUUUCCCCCGGCACUCGAGUCUUUGCAUCAAAUGUCAUUGUUCGUCAAUCCAUUCGGUUCACUGACCUCACUGUCAAGCGACUAUGGUCUGGACUCGUACAGCUACGACCCUCCCGACCUCUCCAAUGCCACACGCAUUGAUGGUGCCACCCUCCGCAAGAGUUCUUUCGAGGAGUCAGAUGAGCCAAGCACCAAGGAGGAGCUCUCGCACAAUGUGGUGCGCUCGAUACUGGACGAGAUACUUGACCUCGCUACUUCAUCGGAACUCAAGGAGCCCCUUGACACCGCCGCCCAGAACUUGUUCGGCGAAGAUGCAGCCCGACUGGACGCCACUUCCAACACUCCCUCGGGGCAGCUCACUUCCCACCCCCUACACACGCAUCUCCUGCUGUAUUGCCAAGUGUUCGAUUCACAAAAGACUCUGUAUGCACUCACAGUGUUGAAGAUGAUUAUAGAGUCAAACCCGCGCGUCGCACUGUGCAGUAUGGCAACCACGAGUGUGAGCAGCUCAUUGUCGCAGCGCGGCGCGCAGUUGCAAACCUUGCUCGCUCGUCAUCGCAAGUCUGUAUUUGGCAACAACUUUCACGGCGAGCUGGCACCGGAGGCACUGUCGGGCUACCGCAGCAGCAUGUUUCUGGAGGUGCUAGUAUCAGCCUGCUUGUACUUCGUACGGAGUUACUACCCGAGUCUGCCGCAGACGCACUUAACACCUGCAGAGCUCUCUGGAAACCGGGAUGUGCGGUUGCUCUGUUGCGAGCUGUUGCGGCUGGUUUUCUCUGAGCUUGUUGCAGUUGUGCGGGACAGUGGCCGCAGUUUUGCCAUCUACCUCAAUGACCUGCUCACUCGGUGCAAAGUGCAGAAGGCCCUUCUGCACUGCCUUGUAGCAUCUGUGUAUAGCUUCCAGAAACCGUCCUCUGAAAAUGACAACGCUCUGACGGUUGGCAUCAUUGAGUUCAAUGAGAAGAUACCUGAUGGAGAGGGUUUGGCCGAGGACUUUCAGGAAACAUUCCAGGUUUACUUGCUCCAGUUGAUCGCGGCCCUUAUUGUGUUUGAGGAGAGAGUCACUUCCCAGAUCGGAGACGACGGACAUCCAGGUCACAAGCCUGCCACCGAGAAGGCAGCACCCAAGAUGCGGUUUCAGCCACAGAUGUCCACACUGCGAUACCAGCACAACGUGCCCAUCCCUUGCCAGGCCAUGUUCGGCACAGCUCUGCUGACCGCCAUGCGGCAGCAGCACAAGGCACACUUGCACGCCCAUUGGAUGAGCUUGGUGAUGUGUGCGCUGCCCUUUGCGGGCAAGUCUCUUACCCAGCUGGUGCUCUCUGUGGCCAGCCAGGUGUGCUCCAACCUGGAGGUGGCUGUGGCCGCACCAUGCGCUGCCACCAGUGCCUUGGAAUUGGAGAGCAUGUCCACCUACCCACCCGACUACCUCACUCUGCUUGUGGAGGGGCUGACCCUGCUGUGCCACUACUGCCUGCUAGACAGUGCUGCACCUGCGGCCGUGACUCCUGUGACCCAGCAGCCACCUCCUGCCCCGCAGGCACUUGCUUCCAGUGCCAAUGUGUCUCAGAUCAUCUACAACCUUAUCCACGUGUUCUCCAACACUGACCCACGCAAGGACUUGCAUGCCCGCGAGAGUGGUGGCAGUCUGGACCCCAUCCUAUCGACGCGCCGGAGCCUGCUGAGCAACCUGCCUCGCCUCCUGGCCGCCCUCGUGUCUGUCUGGGAGGCUGUCUCUCGAGAGGAGAAGGACCCACCCCAACAGGGCCCCAAGCUGGCACAGCUGUGGGUCAUGGGUGCACCCAAGGUUGUGAAGCAGCACAUCUUGAGCUUCCUGAGCCCCAUCUCAAUGACCUAUGGCUCCAACUUCAUGGCAGCUGUUGCCGUCGUCUGGUACGAGCGGCGAAAGAAGACUGCAUGUGUUCAGCGCAAGGUGAUCCCCUUGUGGAGUCCUGACCAGCUCCUGCUGGUGGAGCUCGUGUCAGCCAUCAAGGUGCUCCCCAUGGACAGCGUGGUCCAGGUCGUACGGCAGGUCAUCCGCCAGCCACCUCCCACAAACCACGACCGUAAGAAACGAGUUCCCCUGGAGGUGAGCAUGCUGCAGUUCUUCCUGGCCUACGUGCAGAACACUCCAGGCACCCAGCUGCAAGAGUCGUGGAGCUCUCUGCUGGGUCUCUGGAAAGACGGCCUGCAGCUCACAGCCAUGCCCUUGGUUCAGUUCCACCUGCUUGGGCUGCUCCACGAGUUUGUUCAAAGAGCACCCUUGCUUGAGGACAAAAAGGACCAGAAGGACUUGCAGGACAUUACUCAGAAAGUGAUAGAGGCAUGCAGCACGGUGGCAAGUGCUAGUCUGGAGCAGACAACGUGGCUUCGCAGGAAUCUCGCUGUUCGUCCAGGACCUCAGCCUGACAUCCUGGGCAGUGAUGCUGACCCUGAAGGAGACAUGGUUACUGCAACUGAAGGCACCCUCGUAACUGCUCCGGACACAACCGAACAAGCAGCUGGGCAGCCAACUUAUAAUCCGACGUCCUAUGCCCAGUACAGCGUGCAAGCGCUUUCUGUCCUAGCAGAGUUCUUAGCUCCAGUGCUUGAUGUUGUCUACGUGAGUGAAGAGAAGGAAAAGGUCGUUCCACUCUUGAGCGGAAUUAUGUUCUACGUCACACCAUACCUCCGAAACCACAGGGUACACAAUGCACCCAGUUUCCGCGCCUGCUCGCAGCUGGUGUCAAGCCUGUCAGGCUACCAGCACACCCGCAAAGCAUGGCGCCGUGAUGCACUGGAGCUGCUGCUUGAUCCGGCCUUCUUCCAGAUGGACCUGCCCUGCCUCGCUCACUGGCGCGCCACGGUGGACCACCUCAUGACAAAUGACAAGACCACCUUCAGGGACUUCAUGGCCCGUUUCGCACUGGCACAGAGCGGCUCGUUGAACAUCUUCAGCAGCAAGGAGCAGGAGUACGAGUCUCGGGCGCAGCUGCUCAAGCGGCUGGCCUUUGUGCUCUUCUGCAGCGAGUCAGACCAAUACCAGCGCUACAUGCCUGACAUCCAGGAACGGCUCUCGGAAAGCCUCAAGCUUAGCCAUGUGCCAAGCAUACAUGCGCAAGUGUUUCUUUGCUUCCGAGUGCUGUUGCUGCGAAUGUCACCGCAGCACAUCACCUCUCUCUGGCCGGGUAUCAUCACUGAACUGGUGCAAGCUUUCCUCCAAAUAGAGCAGGAGCUGUCAACAGACACGGAGGAAUUUAGCAGACGGAAUCCAAGCUCGCAUUUGCGCAGGCUACAAGGCCUAGACAGCAGCUGGGCCGUGAGCAACGGCCUCAAUGCCCACAACCACCCAGCGUGGUUGCAGCUGUAUCUGUCAGCCUGCAAGCUGCUCGACCUGGCCGUUGCCCUUCCUGCUGACAUGCUGCCCCAGUUUCAGAUGUAUCGGUGGGCAUUUAUCGGCGACAAUGCUCCACUGUCGUCUGAUGGCACCCAGUCUCAGCAGGAGUCACUGCCUAAGGGCCAGCACGAGUUUGUGCCUCACAUUGUCCGGCUCGCUGCGCUCAUGAACAAGAAUAAUCCAAAUAACGAGAACCUUCACCACAAAAGUGGGCGACCGCUGCUCAGCCUGACCUCGAUCAAGUCAUUCUACGACCUCCAGGGUUUCUUCAACAGCCUCGUUAGCGGGUCUAACAACGCUGUUGACGUUCAGUGUGCCUUUGAGAACAGUGCAUCCAACGCUCGCUCCAGCGAGUUGUCCAAGUCUCGGUCGGCCCCCGAGCUUGCAGCCAUGGCGCAAGGAGCUGCAGUGCCGGCAGCAGAAGACGCCGUCUUUCAGACAACAUUGCAGUGCGUGGAGCACAUUCUCGAACUCGAUUUCCUGGAGCCGCGCCUAUCGUGACACCACCAGCAGGACGUCAAUUGUGUGACAGAAUUAUUCACCCCGGUGGAGACCACCAUCUUUUUCCUACUCUUUCAUUUUUUUACCACUCCGGCUAGCUUUCUUGGGUCCAUGAACUGUAGAGCUUUCUUGGAGUUGCACAUCAGCUAGUCAUAUAUUACUUUCAUGUUCCAUUCAAUUGCGUAAAUUUUAUACUGUAUAUAUUAUAUAUAUCGCUGCUAUUGAAUGUGACAAUGCCUUGCAGUGGGAUAACAUGCACUGCGCCAGAGGCGACGGAGAAUGUUUUUAUUGUCGCUAAUCUGACAUACCUGUGUGUUUAAACGCAGUGUGGCGCUUUCUGUUCUGCCCGAUUGUGAUAAUUGCGUAAAGUAUGUACUUUUUCUUCGUGUCAGAUGAACCUUGCAGCACUUGACAAGAUCUUGGUGAUGACUGGCUCUCUACGAAUGCCUGCUUUCUUAAUCAAGCUCAAACAUCAGCCAUUUACUAAACCUUUUCCCAAUGUGUUAUUGAUCUUGUAUAUGUGUAAUAUGUUAUAAUAAUGUAUUACUAACAGCGAAAUACAGUGCGAUACCCUUACAUGCACCUAAAGAUGCGCUGUGGACUGUCCUGCGCCUGCUGUAAGCGAUGCAGUCAGAAUUUGUUGUUUGGCCAUAGUUUUAGCAUUGUGGUGUCCCUAACAUUUUAGCUUGUUACAUAUGUGUAUGUUAAGCUGCUGUGUGGCAAGAUAAUUCUCUUAUUUUCUGCAACAUGGCAGAGCUCACGUGUCAAUAUGGUUGAAAUAACUAUAUGCACAAAAUAAACAGCGACUGAGCUACUUUUAUUAGUGUUGUGAAAACGUUGCAAUGCCACCUGUUAUGCAAGCAAAGAAAGAAAAAAAGAAAUACCUGGCAUACUUUUGUUGACUGCAUAGCUGGAAAAUGUCUAUUUUGUAAAAUAUAUUUGCAGAGUUCUUGCAAAGUGAUA